AAUUGAUAUAUUGAAGAAAAAAUAAUAAACAUUUAAAAAAUAUUUAUAUAUUUAUUUAUAAUAACGAUAUAAGAAAGGAAAAAAAAUUUAAAAUAUGCCGACAGUUGUUAAUUCAUCAUUGACAUAUGAAAUAUUAAUGUAUCUUAAUUCAUUCUAUUUUGGUAUGUUUGCUGUUUGUGAAUUAGGAAUGGGAUUAUUUAAAGCAACAAAUUUACCAUCACCAAAUUCAGGAACAACAAUUAUUGAAUUUAUUUUGUUAUUAUUUUUAAUAACAACUGAAGGUGGAAGAAUAUAUCUUGGAAGAAAAGGAAAUUUAACUGAACGUGGAUUACCAAUAAUACUUGGUAUACUAUUAUCAAUACCAAGUGUACUUGCAACAUUAUAUUUUUUAUUUUGGCAAAAUUAUGUAUUAAGAUUAGAAAUGAUAUUGUGUAGUAUACAAUUAGUAUUAAUUGUAACUGAGCUUAUUAUAUCAAUUUUGUGCCUUUUUGCUAUUUACCGUCCAUCACCACCUGAGGAAUAAUUAAUCAUUAAUAAUUACCUACAACUUUUAAUUAUUUUUUUAAUUUAAAAAUUUUUUUUUCCAACAAAAGCAUG